CCAUAGUAUAUGUAGUAUAUGUUCUGUGUCUAAACUGUGCAAAUGCAUUGUGCAUUGGAGCACGUUGGAAUAUGUGACGCGACAAAUUUUAUUAAAUAAAAGGAUUGCGCUACUUUCAUAAUGAGCUUUACAUUCUAUACGCCGAUGGUUGUAAGUAACCGAUAUGAUAUGUUUCUUAAUCUUCAUCAACUUUAAUGAUUAAAAUCUCGGUUUGCGGAACAAAGUGACACUUUUUUUUGCCGGAUUCUUUUGUUUUGUGCAAAAACGUAUCGAACAAGUUUAAUUUUAUCGAAAUUGGAGGUGAAGAGACUAAACUUAAGAAAAACUUACCAAAGUAACAAGACUUGCAACAAUUUGUUGUUGAGAGUUUAAAGAAGAAUUAUUUCUUAUAUUGUUUAAAUUUAGAAAAAUAUUACAAUAUAAAUAUGAGCUGUCAAAGAGGAAAUGCUAGUCGUUCAAGACCUCAAAGAUAUCAAAAUCAAACGUCAUUUAAGAACAAUUUAUAUGACAACUCUCAGAAAACAAAAUUAAUUAACAAUAUUGAAGUUACUAAUGUAUGUGAACGUUGCAAAAAAAUAAUUGAGUGGAAAAUCAAAUAUAAGAAAUACAAAGUGCUUAAAGCUCCAGUAAAAUGUAUUAAGUGUGAGGAAAAAACUGUAAAACAUUCUUAUCACAAUAUCUGUUUGCUUUGUGCCAAGCAACUAGAGGUCUGUUCAAAAUGUGGACAGAAGAAAGAAAUUGUGGAAAAAAAAGCAAGUAAAGAAGAACAACUUAAAUUGGAUGCUGAAUUUAGAACAAUUUUAAAAACCAUGUCAGAACGAAAACGAAGAACAUUCUUACGUUAUAUGAAUCAACAGUUGAAUAUUGAUACAGAUAAAACUGACAGUAAAGAUAAAAAUAAAGAUAAAACAAAUUCGAAAGGAAGAGAAGAUUUAUUAAUGAAACUAAAAUUGUUAGCUAUUACAGAAGAUGAUGACAACAUUGACAGUGAUACUGAUGAUAAAAGAGAAAAUGAUGAUUAUGACAGUGAUGCUGUUAUAUUAUAAAAAAUACAUUUAUAAGAAAAAAUGUUCUAAAUAAAUAGCCUUAGUAUAAAA